AACGGUAGACGCUUGGGGAGGGGCAGAUGUCGCCGUUUGGAGAGGAAGUGUUUACUACCAACCCCAACAUUGACCUAUUCUUGUUUCCUUCUGUAAUAUCACAAGUUAUGGCAGGAACGUCACGACAUGAUCGAGAGAUGGCGAUGAAUGCCAAAAAGCAACUGUCUUCUUGCUCAGACCCGGUAGAGCGACUACGACUACAAUGUCUCUCUCGGGGCUCUGCUGGAAUUAAAGGACUGGGCAGAACUUUCAAAAUAAUGGACGAUGACAACAGCCGCACAUUGGAUCUGAAGGAAUUCAUGAAGGGUUUGAAUGACUACGGCGUCUUAAUGGAGAAAGUGGAGGCCAUGAAUCUCUUCCAGCAAUUCGACCGAGACGGAAGCGGCUUGAUCGACUUUGAUGAAUUUCUCCUCACUCUCAGGCCUCCGAUGUCUAACGCCAGGAAGGAGGUGAUCAUGCAGGCCUUCAGAAAGCUGGACAAGACCGGCGAUGGGGUGAUCACCGUGGAGGACCUGAAGGGGGUUUACAACCCCAAACAUCACCCCAAAUAUCAGAACGGCGAGUGGACUGAAGAUCAGGUGUUCCGUACGUUCCUGGACAGCUUCGACUCUCCAUAUGACAAAGACGGAAAGGUCACCCAGGAGGAGUUUAUGAAUUACUAUGCAGGUGUGAGUGCCUCCAUCGACACAGACGUCUACUUUAUUGUGAUGAUGAAAAAUGCCUGGAAACUUUAACUAAAGUCUCCCUGAGGCAUCAGGGUCACCAAAGAGGAGUUCCUGAACUAUUACUGCGGAGUCAGCGCCUCCAUCGAUAACGAUGUCUAUUUCAUCCUCAUGAUGAGGAAUGCGUGGGGACUUUGAGGAGUGGAAGGCUUUCCUGCACAUCCUCCUUGUUUUAGGUUCAGCUUCUUUAUGUUUCCUUGCAGAAAUUAUGUUGAUUUCUAAAUUGUAUGCAGAUGAUCAUGAACAUUUGUAUUUCCAAUGAAACCGGAUGUAAUGAGUCUAUUAAUUGGGGGGCCCCAAUUAAUGGGGGGGGGUUUCAAGAAUAUGAUGUUGUUUUUAAACACUGGUGGUACAUGAUUUUGUUUUGUGUUUUGCUUUGAAAUGUGUGUAUUUAUAAUGCUUAAGGACACAGAAACAUUCAGUGAUACUGUAGCGCCAAAUAACCUCAUUAAGCGUGUUUAUUAAUGUGUUUAUUAGUUUAAAGAUGCAAUAAUAAAAUGCAAAACAGUAA